CAGAGCGCAAUUCUAGACUCACCGUCAGCACGCACGCCAGAGUUUCCCCGAACAGAAAGUGUUCGCUCGUUAGAAACUGGCAACUCUGACUAAAGCGAACAAACUGUCCGGAUUCGAGAGGGGCGACCUGCUUCGGAGCCCAUAGGAGGACAGACGUUGGUAAUAGAAAACUGGUACGGAAAUAUAGUAUUUGAGUUUUGAGCGAUGCACUGGCAGCAUGGCCAGAUGGUUCAAGGAACACCUGGGAUUCAAAACGACCAAAGCUUCUCCACCGGCGCCCCCGAAACCGGACUACCGACAUUGUCAUACCGCCGUAUCAGGUACGCCUGGCUACCACCAGCCAGGCACCGGUGCGACCUCGCUUUACCAAAGCUCCGCUCAACCCGACAUACUCACUGCGUACAAACUACAAAAGGAACUGGACUUCGAGGAUCCGUACACGGGAGGCGGAAAUAUUCCCUUCUCGAGUGGACUAAGCUCACUGGGGUCGCCGGAUGUAAAGUACGUGUCUCCAAAACACAGGCUUAUCAAAGUGGAAACAAUCGAGAGAACGAGCUCGAGUUCGGGCAGUGGUGUUACCACAACCCAAGCAGUGGCUGCGGGGAGCGCCAAGUCCCCCACGUCUCCACCCGCGGAACCGGAGAGUAAGCAAGACAAGGUGAUCAUCCUGGAGGACUAUGCAGACCCGUUUGAUGCCACAGAUCAGGCUGGAGUCCCGCAGAGCAGCGCGGAGAAACCCGUGGAGAACGACGGCUACAUGGAGCCGUACGAGGCUCAGAAGAUGAUGGCUGAGAUCAGAGGUGGCCGAGGCCCGAAGGACGGGCCAAUCCGUCAGCUGCCCCUGUACGACACGCCGUAUGAGCCAGCCGAGAACGGCGAGGGGGCGGAGCCUGGGCGGGGGCGGUGCUUGCGCGAGAGCAGGCUGCCCCAGGACGACGAAAGGCCGCCCGAGGAGUACGACCAGCCAUGGGAGUGGAAGAAGGAUCGCAUCUCCAAAGCCUUCGCAGCUCUGCUUUGUUAUGACUGCAUUAGCAGCAAAGGAGCAGGGAGAGGAUCACCUCGGAGAGACGGCAACCGCGCAAAAUCCCGUACAGUAGAGAUUAAAGUGAUUAAGGACCUGCCCUGGCCUCCACCUGUGGGGCAGCUCAACACCACUUCCCCCGUGGCGGAGGCGGUGGAGGCGUCCCAGCCCUCGCCCGGACACAGCGUCUCGGCCGCGGCCUCAGACCAGCACCACCAGGUCCAGUUCGAGAAUGUGGAGAAGUGCCGGAUGUCUCCCACUAAGGAGGGCUGGUCACGGCCACCCCAGCGCCACUCCAGUGGCUGCCUGGUCAACACGAAGAUGAGCUCCCUGGAGCACUGCUCGUCUCCGCUGGGCGAGCGCAUCGACCCCAGCCUGCCCCUCGACAGCCAGUUCUGGUAUCACGGCGCAAUCAGUCGAACGGACGCUGAGUCAUUGUUGCGGUUGUGUAAAGAGGCCAGUUACCUGGUGAGGAACAGCGAGACCAGCAAGAACGACUUCUCCCUCUCGCUCAAGAGCAGCCAGGGUUUCAUGCACAUGAAGCUGUCUCGAACCAAAGACAACAAGUACGUCCUGGGCCAGAACAGCUGCGUGUUCGACAGCGUGCCAGAGAUCAUCCACUUCUAUUCCAGCCGCAAGCUUCCAAUCAAAGGAGCCGAGCAUAUGUCCCUGCUGUACCCCGUGGCCAUCCGGACACUAUAGCCUGCCGCUGUUGCUCAAGUACAGGUUAAAGUGGUGUAGCCAUUUCAGAAUGCUCUGUAGAUGCCCUGGAUCGUGUUUUAAGGCCAUCAUGGAUGGAUUUAUCACCUGUGUCCUCAUGUUAUAGCAGCCAGUUUUAGGACAUCUUCUAUAAAGCAUUUAAUAGAUGCCUUGGUUGACAGUGAUGGCUCACUUGGCGUUUAUUAAGCCCUUAUGAAUGGCUACUUGUGUGUACAAUGCUACUGUAACAGUCAGCAGACAGGGACUGGAUGUCUUUAUGCUGUCCUAUCUCCGGUCUUAAGUGUGCAGCAAGUCCCCUUCCCACCAGAUCAGAGGACUAUGGCAACAACACUGAUCCCUGAAUAGAGCAAUGUGGUUUUCCAGCUGUUUUUCUGUGCUGAAAUGCAGCUGCUCUCUGAUCCUAGAACUGUUUCUUCUCCUUUGCUUCUCACAUCGCCCGCUCACAUGGACCUAUAACGGUGACCUUACACCUGCGCCCAACACUUUAGCCUCAUUGGCUGUCCUUUCUUCUUCCAUCAUGCACACUGUAAUAAAUCAUACAAACCAUUAGUUGUGGAUGAACUAAUAGGCCUUUUGGAAACUCCGGGAUGACAUAAGUGUUUUGUAAUGCUGUAUAUCACUAGUGAAGCCUUUGGAGUACUAGGCUCCAUCUAGGCUGCCAACUUUCUUCCAUUCAUUAGGUAUUCAGUCUUCAUAAAACUAAUAAAUCUCUGGUGCCCACAAAUGACUGACACCCAAGAACACAUCUGCCACAAAUCUAUUGGACCUACUGAGAAGAUAUUAUUGUGUACAACAGUGUAAUGAGAAUUGAGGUGGCAAUAAUGGAGGAUAUCAUGAAAGGUAUUUUUACUGAAAAGGUGAUUGUUUAUCUUAUUCAGGCAUAAUUAGCAGGUGUUUAGAAAGUGUUGCUUAAUCCUUAGAACAAGGACACAUCACCUUUCUAGCUUAGAAUGAAAAUUCUCCUCUAUUAUAAUUGAGAAUGUGGAAACUUUGUAAACCAUGCAAGUGAGUUUUGAGCAGUCCAAGGACCUUCUCCACCAAUUAGAAGCACUUGGACUAAGCUGAAAAUGUAAAUAAUGUCAUACAUAUUUGACCCAAGAUGUCUUAUAGAAAAGUGAACAGAAGAGUGAAUUGCCUUGUGGCUCAACCACCAUGUGAAAAAAGGACCUUUUAGUAGCUUGAUAAAACUGAGCCACUUUGCAUUCAAUCCCCCAUCUUAGAACGCUCUUGACAAGGGAGAAUGAAAUAUGUCUGUAUUGUCUACCUCAGAAAAUAAAUUGAAUUCACCCAUCAGCCGAUCAAUAAGGUACAAUAAGAUUGCAGAUAUUGAUCCUGCUCCCCCUUCCUCUCAUCAAUUUCCACAAAAUUGUAUCUUCGGUUUAGGAAUAGUUCUUCUUGCCUAAACUCAAUCAAAAGUGGUUGUGUGCUCUCUAGAGAUUGUUUUAUGAUGCUAUUUGUAUGUAAAGUCACCCCGUGCUAGUAUGUGAUGCCUGUGACAUGCGUUCGGUUCAUGUCUUUACGUAAAUGCAUGGUGAAAAGCAAAUCAGUCCAGUAUGUCAAACUGAUUUUCCAAAAAGUUCUGCUUUCAGUGAAUGUUCUGUGACUGUAAUUUAUCAAGGAGUAAUGAUGCUUAUUAUAACGUGUGUUUUACUCCCAGACAUAGUGACUGACACCCAUUUUAUGUUCUCUCUGUUCUUUGCGCCAUGCGUGUGUGCAUGUAUGUGUGUGUGUGAGUAAGAAGGGAACUAGAAACUAUGGUGCUUGGGUGUGUGUGUGUGUGUGUGUGUGUGUGUGUGUGUGUGUGUGCUUCAAAUGCUGCUUCAUCUUACAGUGUGUGUGCUUACUAAUGGCCCAGUGUACUGACCUGGAGACCAAGUGUGUGGCGGCACACCACACAAAGGCUUCGGGGUGAGGUGUUCAGGUCGAGAGCAGACUCCUGCCUGCUAGCCUGGUCCCCCUUCCCACUGCCUGUGAGGUCUCGUGCAUGAGUGUUAGAGACGAUGUUCAGCUUGAUAGUGGUACAGAUAUAUAGUCAGAUUAUGCAACGGCUUUGCCUGUGUUUCUGCCUUUGUUUCUUGAUCGUUAACCUCUUGGUAGCUGAGACUGGAGACAAGGCUUUCUCAUCAUCUUUAUUGUUAGUAAAGUUAAGCCUUCUGCGCCUUAAAAUGUCAAGGAGCUGAGAUGAAAGGCACUAGCUGAAAUUUCAAGCCCAUGUUGUGAACCAUGUGAUUUUCAUACAUAUAGCUCCUUAAUUGUGGCAUUGUCAGAGAACGUAUGUAAGGCUUAUAUCUUUGCAUUGUGACACUUGAACAUUUGUCAGCGAACCGUCUUGCUUGACUGGCUGCUUAUGGCGAUCUCUUACUGAACGGCAGCCAGCCCUCCUGAUCCUGCUGCAGCGGUAUGGGCUGACCUGUCUGCCUCGAGGAAAGGGGGCCAGCAUCAAAUAGGUCCAUGUGUGUGUUUCCUGGAAGUGCAUUUGUGCUGUUGCCAACAGAGAGGCAGGGGGAGGCGGGGCAGAAAGGCAAGUCAGAUGAAGUUGUUUGCUUGUCAGUGAGCAAUGAUGAACACAGACUUUAAUAAAGCAACUGUGUGUCUUUGCUACCAGUCUGAAGUACUGUUGUGUUGAUACGGAGCGGAGAGAGUUGACGUUUUUAUGUGAACCAGAGGCAGGAUGCCUGGCCAGUAGUGUGUGCCGUUGUUGAGACAGGUACUGAACGCAUAUUAACAGGAGGAUAUAUUUACACAAACAUUUCUCAUCUGAUGUGAAGUUGCUGCUGUACAUGUUUUAUUUUUUGUUUGUUUGUUUGUUUUUUGUCAUUUUUUUUAGGAAUGAAACAGGCAUGUUCAGGUAUCUGAUGGAGCAGAGGUUUGUAAAGGAAUUAUGGGUAGACAGAUGGCGGAAGGCAGGGGAGAGGUGGGGGUUGUAUUUGGUCCGAGGCUGGAUUUGAAGCUGUGGCAUAGUGCAGGGAAGGGGCAAAGGUCAAUCUGAUCCAAACGCAAUAUAAGGAAUAGUGAUAAUCAGUCAGGUGAGGAGAAGGAGGCGGGGAAAAGACAAUGAAAGAGAAGAGGUGUGGUGGAGGAGGAGAAGAGAGGAGGAGAGGUUUGUGGAGCAGAGGGCACAGGGAAUGAGGAGAGGAUGAGAGAAGCAUGCAAAGCUCAGGAGGAAUUCGCUUAAAGCUCCUGCUGUCUGCUCAAUGUCUUUUGGCAUCUGCUGUGGUAUCUCUUUCUGUGUCUACAAGUGUUCUUCAGGUGUGUGUGUUUGUGUGUGUGUGUGUGUGUGUGUGUGUGUGUGUGUGUUGCACUGAAGCUUCACUCUAUUCUGGUUUUAGUUUGCUUUUCUAUUCACGCACGUGUGUGUGCGCGCUUGCGCUUGCGCGUUCGUGUGCGUGCGUGUGUGUGCGGCGCCUGGCUGUGGGCAGGCGUGUGCAUAUCUGCGCACAUGCACUUAACACUGUUGCCCCACCUUCAUCGCUGUACGUUUGAGCUUAGUCAGUUGUGUGUCAGUGUAAGUUUCCUCCUGUGUAAGCACUACUAGAAUAAAUCUGUACAGUGUCUCUUGGCCAGGUGUAUAUACUGAAUGUAUUGGAUGGGGAUUUGGAGGAGCUGAGGUUCAAAGAAAUAAAGCAGAGUUUAUGAGUCUAACUGAA